ACAAAGUAUAAUGUAUCUUCAUCCACUCGCCUCUUCAACACCCAUAUCCAACUCUCCCCCUUUCUUCUUCUUCUUCUUCUUCUUCUCCUCUGUUUCAGACAUGUACGGCCUGAGAAACAGAGCUCAAAUCUCUUCGAAUCCCACCUCCAUUUCCACCAUUUCCACUUUCUUCUUCAUUUUCUUCCUCUUCUCCUCCAAACCCAUUUCUUCAAAUCCUCAAAUCCAUCAAACCGCUCGAUCCCUUUGCAAUGGCACUCUCUUCCCAAACCUCUGUUUUUCUAAACUCUCUUCUUUUCCCCAAUUGGCUUCCCUCUCCCCGGAAAAGCUCGCCGGCAGUGCCCUCAACUUCACUACCCGCGAGGUCCUCCUUGCCUACGCCAAUUGCACCAACCUCAAGACUCAUCUUUACUGUGGCUUGAAUCCCACCGACCGCCACGCCCUCGACGACUGUCUUGAGCUUCUAGACGACAGCAUUGCAGAGCUCAAAGCUUCGAUCUUGGAUCUGGGGCCGUCGCAGUCCGCCGCUCGUCACUCCCAUGAUUUGUUGACAUUGGUCAGCGCCGCCAUGACCAACCACCGAACUUGUGUUGAUGGGUUUUAUAAUAGUUCGGGGACUGUGAGGAGUAGGGUGGAGCUUUAUUUGGGGAAAAUUGGACAGCAUUUAAGUAUUGAUUUGGCAAUGUUGAAGAAAAUCCCUGGAGUUAAUAGGGAUACGAAGGUAGAGGAGGUGUUGCCGGAGUAUGGGGCAGUGAAAGGUGGGUUUCCGAAGUGGGUUUCGGUUAAGGAUCGGAGAUUGUUGCAAGCGGCGGUGAAUGAGACAAAGUUCAAUUUGGUGGUGGCGAAGGAUGGCUCCGGGAAUUUCACCACUGUGAACGAGGCUGUCGCCGCCGCUCCGAAUUCGAGCACCACCAGGUUUGUAAUCUACAUAAAAGCAGGGGCGUAUUUUGAGAACGUGGAAAUAGGAAGGGCAAAGUCAAACUUGAUGUUCGUGGGCGACGGAAUCGGAAAGACGCUGAUAAAGGGCGACAGGAAUGUGGUCGACGGGUGGACUACUUUCCGAUCAGCCACCGUUGCGGUGGUUGGCACUGGGUUCAUAGCAAAAGGUAUAACAUUUGAAAAUUAUGCGGGUCCAAGCAAGCACCAAGCUGUAGCCUUACGAAGCAACUCUGACUUCUCUGCGUUUUACCAGUGUAGUUUCAUUGGCUAUCAAGACACUCUCUACGUUCACUCCCUCCGUCAAUUCUAUCGUGAAUGCGAUAUCUACGGUACCAUCGACUUCAUUUUCGGUAAUGCUGCUGUUGUUUUCCAAAACUGCAACCUUUAUGCUCGGAAACCCAACUCAAAUCAACGCAACAUAUUCACUGCUCAAGGUCGCGAGGACCCAAAUCAAAACACUGGAAUCUCAAUCCUCAAUUGUAAGGUUGAAGCUGCCUCUGACCUAAUCCCAGUUCUUUCCUCGUUUAGAACUUAUUUGGGUCGGCCUUGGAAGUUGCACUCGAGGACAGUUUUUCUCCGAUCGUUUAUCGGGCAAUUGGUUGAACCGGUCGGAUGGCUUGAGUGGAAUGGGACAUUUGCAUUGGAUACUUUGUAUUAUGGGGAGUAUCUAAACAGGGGGCCCGGUUCGAAUACAACCGGGCGAGUUACUUGGCCGGGUUAUCGAGUUAUAACUAACGCAACAGAAGCGAGUCAGUUUACGGUCGAGGAAUUUAUACAGGGCAGCUCGUGGUUGAACUCAACUGGGAUCCCUUUCUUCUCCGGUUUGACUUCACCGUAAAUGAAACGGAAGGUUCAAAUUUUAGAGUUAUUUUUGUGUUUUUAAUUAUUUGUUUUAAGGAGUAAGAUGCUUUUGAUGUUGAACUAGGGAGAGAGUAAUGGCUGAUCCAUGCAUGGUCCACAUAUCUAUGGUCCAUAAAAGGAAUUCAUGUGAUCAUGUGAAAUCAUUGGUAGUUCCCAUUUUAAUCAAAUAUUAUAUACCUAAAUUUGAAGUA